AAACACCAAAGAAAAUUGCGUGUCGUUAAAACUCGAAUAAAUAAAAAUCGUUCCUUUUGAUAAUGAUUGUUAAUAAGCAAAGCAUUAACGCCUCGUUUGACACAAACACACACCCAUUCAUUAAAAAGAAAGACAGAAAAAAGAGUUUUUUUUUUUGGAAAGAAUUAAUAAUAAGAAUAAGAAUUAUGGAAGGUGGAAUUAGGGGAGUCGUCAAGAAGGACUACUGUUGUUUGUUUGCUCCUGAUUAUUGUGCCUUUUCCUAUUUUUCGUUUGUUUUAUUAUUAUUUCUUCCUUCAUCUUCUUUCGUAUCAAUUCCUUUUGCCAUUUGUUUUUAUCUUUUUAGUCGAUGACCAUGAUAAUUCUUCCCCGCCUUUCCAUUCUCUGACUUUUACUGAAGAUAGCAAAUCGUGUUUUUCUGGAGCCCCUUGUUCUUUUGGAUCUUGGGAUUUUUUCUAGGGUUUCCAAGGGGCUGUCGGUUCGAUCUCUCGAUCGUCUUCUUCUUCAAUGGAUGCCGCUUCCGAAGGAGAUAAUCACAACAACCAGAAUGAUGCCCACGAUGAUAAUAGCAACGGCAAAUUUGGUAAUUCCAGCGAAGGGCUAAGCAAGCCCAAACGCCAGAUGAAGACCCCCUUUCAGCUCGAAACCCUCGAGAAAGCCUAUGCCUUGGAGACGUAUCCGUCGGAGGCAACAAGGGUGGAACUGUCGGAGAAAUUGGGGCUUUCGGAUCGGCAGUUGCAGAUGUGGUUUUGUCACAGAAGGUUGAAGGACAAAAAGGAAGUUCCAGCAAAGAGGCCGCGGAAAACGGCGGCACCAAUGGCUUUACCGGAGUCUCCUGUGGAUGAGUUGAGGGCAGGGGGUGAACCGGGCAGUGAUUAUGGGUCAGGCUCGGGGUCAAGCCCGUUUGGCCGUUUGGAGUUUCGGAAUGCGAUGACAAGGAGUGUGGUGGAUGAUGUGCCAAUGGGGAGGAGGUAUUAUGAGUCGCGGCAGUCGAUGUUGGAGCUUAGAGCCAUUGCCUGUGUUGAGGCGCAGUUGGGGGAGCCCUUGAGGGAUGAUGGGCCAAUCCUUGGGAUAGAAUUUGAUCCCUUGCCGCCAGAUGCUUUUGGGGCACCUAUAGCAGCAGUUCCGGAGCAGCAGAAGCGGCCGGCGCAGUCUUAUGAGGGAAAAUUAUAUGAGCAACGUGAUGUCAAGCCAUAUAAAGCUCCAAGGGUGCUCCGUGAAUAUCCAUUUCUCCAAGACCAGUCUGGUAUUAGAUCUGAUGCAUUUGGACAAGUUGCCCAAUCUCAUUUUCAUGAACCAAUGGUUGAUGGUCCCACCGCCAGACCUUCAUCAUUGGUGCUUGGAAAUGAACAAUUGCCCAGACUUCAUGGUGUCCAAGGUCACGGAUCUCGUGUUCGUCUUUUAUCUCAGCAAGAUAGGCAGGGGCUUGCCUUAUCAUCACCUCCUAGGGAUGAUGAUCGUGUCCCAGAAAGGGACUCCCUAACAAAUGUUAGAACGAAUGCUCAAUUUAGUGAUCAUUUGGUUGUUGGACCAGAUGAUUCAUUUGUACUCUCUGAUGGGAAAAUCUUUCAUAAUGAUGCUAUUAUACGGAAAGAGAGGAAACGCAAGAUUGACGAAGCUAGUGUUGCAAGAGAAGUUGAAGCCCAUGAGAUUCGAAUAAGGAAAGAACUCGAGAAACAAGAUAUUCUGAGGCGAAAGAGUGAAGAACGAAUCAGAAAAGAAAUGGAAAGACAAGAUCGUGAAAGAAGAAAGGAAGAAGAAAGGCUGCUGCGUGAAAAGCAGCGAGAGGAGGAGAGGUCAAAGCGUGAGCAAAGACGUGAAAUCGAACGAAGGGAAAAAUUUGUGCAGAAAGAGUAUCUAAGAGCUGAGAAAAGGAGGCAAAAAGAAGAGCUCCGCAAGGAAAAAGAGGCAGUGAGACGCAAAGCUGCCAUUGAGAAGGCUACUGCACGCAGAAUAGCUAGAGAAUCUAUGGAGCUAAUUGAGGAUGAACAGCUGGAACUAAUGGAAUUAGCUGCUGCAAGCAAGGGUUUAUCCUCGAUGAUCCAUCUUGAUCAUGACAGUUUACAAAAUCUUGAAUUAUUUAGAGAUUCUCUGAGUGCUUUCCCACCCAGGUCGGUGAAAUUGAAAAAACCAUUUGCGAUCCAACCCUGGAUCAAUUCGGAGGAGAAUAUUGGCAACCUUUUGAUGGUCUGGAAGUUUUUUAUUACUUUUGCUGAUGUUCUUAAGCUAUGGCCGUUUACUCUAGAUGAGUUUGUUCAAGCUUUCCAUGACUAUGAUUCAAGGUUGUUGGGUGAGAUACAUGUUGCUCUUCUUAAGUUGAUAAUAAAAGAUAUUGAAGAUGUUGCGAGGAUGCCUUCUAAUGGAUUAGCAAUGAAUCAAAAUGGUGCUGCUAAUCCAGGAGGUGGACAUCCACAGAUUGUUGAAGGGGCAUAUGCAUGGGGCUUUGACAUAUUCAACUGGCAGCAGCACUUAAAUACACUGACAUGGCCUGAAAUAUUUCGACAAUUAGCCCUUUCUGCUGGAUUUGGGCCACAAUUGAGGAAAAGGAGUAUCACGUGGUCAUACCCACAUGAGAAUGAUGAGGGCAAAGGCUGUGAAGACAUAAUUUCUACUCUUCGUAGUGGUUCAGCAGCUGAAAAUGCAUUUACAAUAAUGCAAGAAAAAGGUUUAUUGCUUCCUCGAAGAUCUAGGCAUCGGUUGACUCCUGGAACUGUUAAAUUUGCAGCCUUCCAUGUUCUUUCACUAGAGGGAAGCGAGGGAUUAACAGUUUUAGAACUUGCAGACAAGAUUCAGAAAUCUGGACUUCGGGACCUGACAACAAGCAAGACACCGGAGGCUUCGAUUUCUGUUGCUUUAACAAGGGAUGCUAAGCUUUUUGAAAGAAUAGCUCCUUCAACAUAUCGUGUGCGUGCUGCUUUCAGAAAGGAUCCUGCUGAUGCUGAGGCAAUUCUUUCAGCUGCAAGAAAGAAAAUUCAGAUAUUUGAAAAUGGGUUUCUAGCUGAAGAAGAUGCUGAAGAUGUUGAAAGAGAAGAUGCUGAGGAUGUUGAAAGAGAUGAAGAUUCUGAAUGUGAUGAUGUUGAUGAGGAUCCUGAUGUAGAUGAUUUUGCUACUCUGUCAACUGAAAAUAAAACCUCCAUUCCCAGUAGCGAAGAAAAAGGUUGCUUGGGAAUCCAAAACAUAUGCAACAACGUUGCACUGAAUCUGCAAAAUAAGUUGGAGAAGGAUUUUUUGUCCAUCCCCCUGAGUGAAUCCAAAGAUGAAAACUGUCAAAGUACUGCCAGUGAAAAAUAUGUUGCUGGUGAAUAUAUUAGUGCCAAUAAUCUUGGUCAAGAAAACAUGGAGAUUGAUGAAAGUAAAUCAGGCGACUCAUGGAUUCAAGGACUUACAGAAGGGGAAUACUCUGAUCUCAGUGUAGAGGAGCGCCUUAAUGCCCUUGUUGCCCUGAUUGGUGUUGCAAAUGAGGGGAACUCUAUUCGUGGUAUACUUGAGGAUCGUAUGGAAUCUGCAAAUGCUCUUAAGAAACAAAUGUGGGCAGAAGCACAGCUAGAUAAAAGCCGUUUGAAAGAAGAGAUUAUAAAUAAAGCAGAUUUUACGUCACCUAUUGUGGGGAGCAAAGUUGAAACGCUACCUAUGAGUUCUGUAGUUGGGGGCAACCAAAGCCCAUUGCCUAAUGUUGAUGAGCAAAAUAUUGAAGCAUCCCCCAGCACAGCUGAAAACCAAAACGUACUAGGUUCGCAGAGCAUUCAGGAUCACCUCAACAGUUUGCCUGCUGAAAGGACCCCUGCUGUUCCAGAUUUCUCCAUGGGUCCGGAUAAUUUCCUGAUUCAGCAACUUGGAUAUGCUUCAAAAAGGUCACGCUCACAAUUGAAAUCUUAUAUUGCACACAGAGCUGAAGAGAUGUAUGUAUACAGGUCCUUGCCGCUUGGGCAAGAUCGUAGACGGAAUCGAUACUGGCAGUUUGUUGCAUCUGCUUCUAGCAGUGAUCCUGGUUCUGGCAGGAUCUUUGUUGAAUUGCAUGAUGGCAAUUGGAGGCUUAUUGAUUCUGAAGAGGCCUUUGAUGCUAUUUUGAUGUCAUUGGAUGCACGUGGGAUAAGGGAAUCCCAUUUGCGCUUAAUGCUGCAAAAGAUUGAGACCUCCUUCAAAGAAAAUCUUAGAAGGAAUAUGCAGUGUGCUAAUGUUGUGGCCAAGAGUGGAAUCAAUAUGAAAAAUGAAACUGAUGAAAUGAAUUGUAGUCCAGAUUGCCCAGUUGCGUUUGACAGUCCUAGCAGUACUGUUUGUGGUAUAAAUUUGGAUAUAUUGGAGACCUCGUCUUCUUUCAAGAUUGAGCUUGGGAGAAAUGAAGCUGAGAAGAGAGCUGCUCUGAAUAGGUAUCAAGAUUUUCAGAAGUGGAUGUGGAAAGAGUGCUUUAAUUCAUUAACCUUAUGUGCAAUGAAGUAUGGAAAAAAGAGGUGUGUACAGCUGUUGGGCGUUUGUGAUUUCUGUCUUAAUACUUAUUACUCCGAAGAGUUCCACUGCCUUUCUUGCCACCGAAAUUUCAGUACCAGUACUAAUGGUUUUAGAGUUUCGGAGCAUGCAAUUCAAUGUGAAGGGAAAAGGAAGUUAGAUACUGGGGAUUUCCGUAUAUUAGAAUCUUCUCUUCCCCUUGGAACCAGAUUGCUCAAGGCUCUGUUAGCUUGCAUUGAGGUAUCUGUCCCUCCAGAAGCUCUUCAAUCAUAUUGGAUGGAAGACCUUCGAAAAACUUGGGGUGUGAGAUUGAAUGCAUCAUCGACUGUAGAGGAACUUCUACAGAUAUUGACUCUGUUUGAGAGGGUGCUGAAGCAAGACUUUCUUUCAUCGAAGUUUGCAACAACGGAGGCGCUAUUGGGGUUCUGUACUCAGUCAGGAAGUGCUUUACAUGAUUUUGCUGAUCCUAAAUCAGUUCCUCUACUUCCAUGGGUACCACAAACCACUGCAGCUGUGGCUCUGAGACUUUUUGAGCUGGAUGCAUCGAUUAUAUACACAAAGCAGGCCAAACCUGACCCUUGUGAGGACAAGGAGAUAAGAGAAUUCGUAAAACUUCCUUCAAGAUAUGGCCCAGUCAAUAAUGUAAAGGAGGUUGAACUGACAGAACUAAACCAUGUUGAGGACGUGACAGAAAAGAACGGUGCUAAGCUGAAAAACACCCGAAACAGCUACAAGCGUGGCCGAGGGGCACGUGACCAAGGACGUGGUAGAAGGUUGCAGAAAAAAGCUAGUGUUUCCAACUCUGAUGUUAGCAGGCGAAAUGUUAGGAGCAAUGAAAAUUUAAUUCACGGACUAAGACAGCAAGGACAGAGAACAUAUGGACAAGGGAGUGCACGGGGUCGCCGAACAGUUAGGAGAAGGAGAGUAGAGAAGAGAGCUCUGGAUGAGAGGUCACCGAGCCACAGGGCUGACACACGUAGCCCUAAGAGCAUUGGUGAAUCACCAAGAAACAUGGGGGAGGAAUGGGAUGACGAAAGAAUUAGUUUGCUCCAUAUGGAGGGUGGCGAUAAUAUUAAUAAUGCAGAAGCAAUGGAAUCUGAUGAUAAUGCACAGGCAGUGGAAUACGAUCAAGGAAAUUGGGAGAUAGGGUUUGCUAGUGCUUCAAAUGGGUGGACAGGGGAUCUAAUGGAGGAUCUAAUGGAAGCGAGUGAUGACGAUGUGGAUGUUUCUGAAGACGAUAAUGGCGUUGAAGAGGGGGGAGAUGAAGAUUCAGAGGCAGAUGUAGAUGCAAGUGAGGGUUCAGAUGGAAUGGCGAAAGGGAUUGGAAAUGAUGAAGGCACAGAAUCCGCGGUUUCAGAGGACUAUAGUGAUUAAGUUGUGAUUUUCAAGUGAUAAAAGUUCCCUGAGAUUGCUAACGUAUUAGCAGCAAAUGGACACAGGCUGCAUAAAAUUUUUGAUGGUGCAGCUUCAUUCGCAACAGAACUCGUGGAUGGGGGAAGAGUAUAAAACUGCCCCUCUUUUUUCUCCCACUUAUUACUUCAUCUCAUUUAAUUGGGGGGAGAAAGAGUAAUGAUCUUUAAAAAGAGGAAUUCAGAACACAAGAAUGGAUGAGUCACAUAAAUUCGUUGAUGGAAAUUAGGAUCUGUAUUGUAAGCAUAUUGGCAACAAUGCUUUUCUAUGCCUGUGUUCGUUUAUAAAUAUAUAAAUAUAUGAUUACGAGAUUAUUGUCA